AUUUUGUUUUUGCCUAAAAGGCUAAAAGAAAGAACAAGAGGAGACAAUCCGUGUUAGGCAGGGGAUAUUUUUGUGCAGGAGCAGGCCUCUGAUCUGAUGGAAGCGAAGGUGCAUGAGGAACUGAGCGGUAAUGAAAUUCCCUGCCUGCUUCACUCAUCUGGUUGACAGGGACAGUGUUCCACCCGGGGGGCCUGAUUAGCCGGACCAGCUGCCUCCACCCCUGAAGCGACUGGAUUAGCGGGAGGCACAGUCCUUGCUCCCGCCUGAUUAACCAACGACGUGCCCUCCGUGGCUUCCGUUUCAGUCAAGAAGAUUCCUGUUGUCGAUAAAUGAUGGAGGUUGGGUACGAGGUAAAUGCCAAUGAAGAUGGCCUCGAAUCGGACAAGGUCUUGCGCAACAAUGAAGGUGCUCUAUGCUAAAAAAGUCGUACACUGGUGGAAUCUAUAUUAAUAAAAGGUAGUCACAGAGGGAUAUCAAUCAAUAGAAGUAGGAGCAGCACGAUUCAACCACCCGCCCGUUUGGCGCACGCCCGUCGACUUCCAAGCUUCAAGAGGUCAAGCCCCUCGGACUGAGAAUUUCGACGCGUCAAAGACGUCCAAGAACACCCAACCGCUACGGCCCUCUGCCUCCAGAAUUCGUUUACCACUCUGCCCUCCAUUUCCAAAUUCUAUAAACACUCGAGACUGAGAAACCUCCUCUGCAAACUCACAAACACCCCAUCUUGUGCUGCUUUUGAUUUCCCUCGCCCCCCAAAUUGUUUCCCCAAAUCAUCAGCGGAAGAGAGGGUUGGAGAUGAGGUUGCUAAAGGUGGCCACUUGUAAUCUGAACCAAUGGGCUAUGGAUUUUAAUUUCAAUUUGAAGAACACUAAGGAGUCUAUUGCCAGGGCUAAAGCAGCUGGGGCUGUCAUUAGGCUUGGACCCGAGCUGGAGAUUACUGGUUAUGGUUGUGAAGACCAUUUCUUGGAACUUGAUACUGUCACUCACGCAUGGGAGUGCUUAAAGGAUAUUUUACUUGGUGAUUGGACUGAUGGCAUAUUAUGCAGCUUUGGUAUGCCUGUUCUCAAAGGAUCAGAGCGCUACAACUGUCAGGUUCUAUGUUUAAACAGAAAAAUUAUCAUGAUACGCCCCAAGAUGUGGCUUGCAAAUGAUGGAAAUUACAGGGAACUCAGAUGGUUUACAGCAUGGAAGCAAGAAGAAAAGCUGGUGGACUUUCAGCUCCCUGUUGAAAUUUCUGAUGCUUUGUCACAGAAAUCUGUACCCUUUGGCUAUGGAUACAUUCAGUUUUUAGACACAGCCAUUGCAGCUGAAGUUUGUGAAGAACUUUUUACUCCUAUGCCUCUUCAUGCUGAGCUUGCAUUGAAUGGCGUUGAAGUGUUUAUGAAUGCUAGUGGAAGUCACCACCAACUAAGAAAGCUUGAUCUUCGUCUUCGUGCCUUUAUAGGUGCCACGCAAAAUCGUGGAGGUGUUUACAUGUACAGUAAUCACCAAGGAUGUGAUGGUGGCCGUCUUUAUUAUGAUGGAUGUUCUUGCAUUGUUGUAAACGGAGAAGUGGUUGCUCAAGGCUCACAAUUUUCUUUGAAGGAUAUCGAGGUUGUGCUUGCCCAAGUAGAUCUAGAUGCGGUUGCUAGUCUAAGAGGAUCUAUAAGUAGUUUCCAAGAGCAAGCAAGUUCCAAACUAAUUAUUCCAUCAGUAUCAGCACCGUACAAGCUCUGUCAACCUUUCAAUCUGAAAGUGCCCCUCAGCAGUCCAAUUAAGAUUGGAUAUCACUCUCCCGAAGAGGAAAUAGCCUUUGGACCUGGUUGUUGGUUGUGGGACUAUUUACGAAGAAGUGGAGCAUCUGGUUUUUUGCUUCCUCUUUCUGGGGGAGCAGAUAGCUCUUCUGUAGCUGCUAUUGUUGGCUGCAUGUGCCAGCUUGUUGUAAAAGAAAUAGAAAAUGGGGAUGAACAAGUCAAAGCUGAUGCUAUACGAAUUGGCCAAUAUAGAGAUGGACAGUUUCCUACUGACAGCAAAGAAUUUGCAAAACGCAUAUUUUAUACAGUAUUUAUGGGAUCGGAAAAUAGUUCUGAAAUCACAAAGUCGCGUGCAAAGGUCCUAGCUGAUGAGAUUGGAUCAUGGCAUCUUGAUGUUUCCAUAGAUAGUGUUGUUUCAGCCUUUCUCUCUUUGUUUCAAACACUAACCGGAAAGCGGCCACGAUAUAAGGUAGAUGGGGGGUCAAACAUUGAGAACUUAGGGCUACAAAACAUUCAAGCUCGAAUUAGAAUGGUAUUGGCAUUUAUGCUGGCGUCGCUUCUGCCUUGGGUUCACAACAAAUCGGGUUUUUAUCUUGUUUUGGGUAGCUCCAAUGUCGAUGAAGGAUUGCGUGGUUACCUGACAAAGUAUGAUUGUAGCUCCGCUGAUAUAAAUCCAAUUGGAAGUAUAAGCAAACAGGAUCUUCGGGCUUUUCUGAGAUGGGCUGCCACCCAUCUUGGUUACCUGUCCUUGGCAGAUGUGGAAGCAGCUCCCCCCACUGCUGAACUGGAGCCUAUACGUUCUGACUAUAGCCAGCUGGAUGAAGUGGACAUGGGAAUGACAUACGAGGAACUUUCUGUCUAUGGGAGGUUGCGUAAGAUUUUCCGAUGUGGUCCUGUAUCAAUGUUCAAGAAUCUUUGCUACAAAUGGGGUACAAGAUUGACUCCAUCAGAGGUGGCUGAAAAAGUGAAGCACUUCUUCAAGUACUACUCCAUCAAUCGACACAAAAUGACCGUUCUGACACCUUCCUAUCAUGCUGAGAGUUAUUCGCCUGAGGACAAUCGGUUUGAUCUUCGCCAGUUUCUGUACAAUGCAAGAUGGCCAUAUCAGUUCCGCAAGAUUGAUGAACUUGUAGAGAAGUUUAAUGGUGACCAAGAAAAUCUGGCAGUUGCAUCAGACAACAGUGGAGGUGGAAUGGGAGUCGUUGCAGCACGUGCGGGAGACCCAGAUGCUUGAUUAUUUUUAGGUCAUAAUUCUUAAUAAUUGCAAGCUUGGAAUAGAGAUGAUUAAAUGCAAAUAAAUUUGGUUGGUAGUUUUAGCUGCCAAGCCAAUGUAUGUAAUCAAACUGGUGGACGUUCUUGAUGCAUCCUUUUUCAUGUGUAAAUCGGGUCAAAUUUGACUUGCAACUAGUUCCUCUCAUGUAUAACCCUUGCAGAUUUCAAUUGAAAACAUUAAUUGAAUUCUUGUUCAUUAAA